AUGGCGCGGUGGGCGGCGGUCCUGGUGCUGGCGGCUACGGCCGUCGCCAUGGCGUCCGUGGCGGGCGGCGACAUGAGCGCGGACAAGACGGAGUGCGCGGACCAGCUGGUGGGCCUGGCGCCGUGCCUGCAGUACGUGCAGGGGCAGGCCCGCGCGCCGCCGCCCGGCUGCUGCGGCGGCCUGCGGCAGGUGCUGGGGAAGAGCCCCAAGUGCAUAUGCGUGCUCGUCAGGGACAAGGACGACCCCGGCCUGGGCAUCAAGAUCAACGCCACCCUCGCGCUCGCCCUCCCCAACGCCUGCGGCGCCACCCGCGCCGACGUCUCCCACUGCGCUCGUACGUUGUACACCUCCCUCACCUCGCCCUGUCUGCUUGCUUGCUUCAUCAUCUGCUGCUGCCAUCCACAAGCCUACAAGGCCGGCGACCCGGCGUUGCUUUCUUGCCAGCAUGUUCAUGCAUCGACGCAACCAAUUAAGCACACAGUAUAG